AUCAAAGGAAGAUGGCGCACGCCAGUAGCGUUUUGUAGGGCCCACGCCGUGGCAAAUGAUCGCCUGUGGGUUUGUGGUAAAACUCCGGGAAACGAAGACACCAUGGCAGCAGCUGGAUCGACAGCGAUUUUAAUGGGAAAAUGUAUAUCAUCGGCAAUGAAAAAAAGCGUGCGUGUUGUCGUGCCGCGCUUUGUCUUGAACACGUACCUGAUGGCGCACUACAAGGAGAGAACCGAGUACGAUGUCUUCGACGCCAAUGAAGAAUGCAAGCCCGGUGAUUGGGUAAUUAUCAGGGAGCUUCCGGAACGCCUGAGCCUCAAGAUUGCACACAAGGUUGAAAAAAUUGUCUUCAAGGACGGCAAUAUCAUUGAUCCCUUGACAGGUCAAAAGUGCAUGUUCACCGAUUAUGUGAAAGAUGUGGACCGAGAGAGUGAGGUGUUUGGGCUGGCACCACCUUACAAGUCCCUCCCCGAGCCAAAAGAACAAGCAAAACUUUCGGACAAGUGAGACAGUGCGCAGAAGAGCCUGCGAUAAAUAGUCGACAAACUAUAGCAAGUGUAGAAAAAAAAUAAAGGUGGUCUGUAAUGAA